AGGAGCGGACAGGAGGCUGGGAACCUCCACCCACCCCUCGUGCAGCUACAGGAGCGGGUGUGCCUCUGACAAUGUUGGGCAUCUGGUCCCUGCUUCUCCUCUGGGGUCUGUUGACUCCGUGCCAGGGGCUGCUUGAGACUGUGGGCACGCUCGCUCGGAUUGACAAGGGUGAACUUGGCAAAGCCAUCCAGAACUCACUGGUUGGGGGACCUGUUCUACAGAAUGUGCUGGGGACGGUCACAUCCGUGAACCAGGGCCUCCUAGGCUCCAAAGGGCUGCUCGGAGGAGGCGGUCUGCUAAGCUAUGGAGGGAUUUUUGGCGUUGUGGAGGGGGUCUCUGGGCUAAAGAUUGAGGAACUCACACUUCCAAAGGUGUCGCUGAAACUGCUGCCUGGUGUGGGGGUGCAACUGAGCCUGUACACCAAGGUGGGCCUGCACGGCUCCGGCCCUCUGGGGGACCUCCUGCAGCUGGCUGCCGAGGUAAACGUGUCGUCGCGCGUGGCGCUGGGCGUGAGCUCGCGGGGCACGCCCAUCCUCCUCCUCAAGAGCUGCAGCACGCUCCUGGGCCACAUCAGCCUGCUCUCGGGGCUGCUGCCCGCACCGAUCUUUGGGGUCGUAGAACAGACACUCCUCAAGGUGCUACCGGGACUGCUGUGCCCCGUGGUGGAGAGUGUACUGGGCGUGGUGAACGAGCUCCUGGGGACUGUGCUGAGCCUAGUGCCCCUUGGGGCUCUGGGGUCUGUGGAAUUCUCGCUGGCAACAUUGCCUCUCAUCUCUAAUCAGUACAUAGAGCUGGACAUCAAUCCCAUCGUGAAGAGCGUAGCUGGUGACAUCAUCGACUUCCCCAAGCCCCCCAAACCCAUCAAGGUGCCUCCCAAGGAGGACCACACAUCCCAGGUGACUGUGCCUCUGUACCUCUUCAACACCAUGUUUGGGCUCCUGCAGACCAAUGGUGCCCUCGACAUAGACAUCACCCCUGAGCAGGUUCCCAGCAGUGUCCCACUGACAACUACAGACCUGGCAGCUUUGGUCCCUGAGGCGCUGGGGAAGUUGCCCCCAGGCCAGAAGCUCCUACUCUCACUGCAAGUGAAGGGAGCCCCGGUGGUCACGCUCCAGAGCAAGAAGGCUAUAGUCUCCAUCCCAGCUAACAUCCACGUGCUGUCCUACCUCCCUAAAAGGACACCUGAACCCCUCUUUGAGCUGAACGGGGUCAUGACUUUAAAUGCCCAGCUGGCUCCCUCAGCCACCAAGCUGCACCUCUCCCUGUCCCUGGAACGGCUCAGUGUCAAGCUGGCCUCCUCCUUGGUCCACACCUUUGAUGCAUCCCGUUUGGAAGAAUGGCUCAGUGACGUGGUCCGGGUGGCAUAUGUGCCAAAGCUCAAUGUGGACCUGGAAGUUGGAAUUCCCCUGCCUAAGGUUCUCAAUGUCAAUUUUGCCAAUGCAGUCCUGGAGAUCAUAGAGAAUGCCGUUGUGCUGACCGUGCCAUGCUGUGGCUGAGAGACAGUCGCCAGCCCUCCCUGUUGACUACCAGAGCCUUGUCCACCUCCCCAGUCCGCCUCAAUUUCCCUCCCAGUCUCUAGCCUGUGUUGGUGACAGUAUUAGUGUCCCUUAUCCACCUAGGCCCAGCCAGGUGCUCUGGCCCUGAGGCUCUGCCCCCAGUCUGGGGUGGGGACUGCAAGGCUAACCCCAGGACUCUGCUUCAGAUGUAGCUUCGGGGCCUCAGUGGCAAGUCCUGAGCUUCCAAUAAACUACUCCUCUAUCUCAGCA